AAUACAGACAUGUUUCCUGUCAGUUAACUGAAAAUGAAACUUCAAAAAUACACUCCACCUUCAGACUGCCUGUCUAUAGACAUGUUGUAAAAGAAUCUGUAACAUGGCUGCUGAAGCUUCAUCUCUGGACAACGACCUCUGUUGUGCCAUUUGCUCAGAUUUCUUCAAGGAUCCCCUUGUCCUAAAAUGUAGCCACAGCUUCUGCAGAGACUGUCUGCAGAAUUUCUGGAAAGGGAGCGACUCUCGCCAGUGUCCACUGUGCAGGAGCAGGUUCUCUGGGGAGGAUCCCCCUGUUAACAUCGUCUUAAGAAAUGUUGUGCAGUCAUAUUUACAACAAAGGAAUGAAAAGAGGGUAGCAGAGAAGAGUGCAUCUCGCUGCGGGCUCCAUGGAGAGAACCUUUCAUUCUUCUGUGAGGACGAUCAGGAGCUCCUCUGUGUGGUUUGUCAGACUGCAAGGAAACACAGAAACCACCAGCUCUGUCCAGUGGAAGAAGCUGCAGAGGAUAAGAAGGUGGAACUCAGGACUUUACUGAUUCCACUAAAGGAAAAUCUGGAGAAGUUUACAAAAGUAAAACAGGAGUUUGAAGAAACAGCUAAACACAUGAAGAGUCAGUCCCAGCAAACUGAGAAGAGGAUAAAGGAGGAAUUUGAGGAACUCCAUCAAUUCCUGAGAGAUGAAGAGGAGGCCAGACUGACUGUACUGAGAGAGGAAGACAUGCAGAAGAGUGAGCGGUUGAAGCAGAAGAUAGAAAACAUCUCCAAACAGGUCUCCACCCUGUCAGAGAAGAUCCAGGAUAUUGAGACGGCCAUGGAAGCUGAGGACAUCUCAUUCUUGAAGACCACGAAGGACAACAAAGAUAAAGUCCAGUGCUCACUGCAGGUCCCAGAGCUGCCUUCAGGGGCACUGAUAGAUGUGGCCAAAUACCUGGGAUCUCUGAAGUUCAGAGUCUGGGAGAAGAUGCUGGAGAUUGUGCAGUACACUCCUGUCACUCUGGACCCGAACACUGCAGACCGCUGGCUCUCUGUGUCUGAUGAUCUGACUAGUGUGAGACACACUGGAAUUUAUCAGCAGCUUCCUGACAGCCCAGAGAGAUUCUUCCCUUGUGCAUGUGUGCUGGGCUCUGAGGGGUUUAACUCAGGAAAACGCAGCUGGGAGGUGGAGGUGGGGGACAAAACUGAGUGGGAUGUAGGAGUGGUAGCAGAGUCUGCUAACAGGAAGGGGGUGAUUACAUGCAGGCCAAAAAAUGGAUUCUGGGUUGUAUCUCUGAGGAACGGCAAAGAGUAUGAAGCAUGGACCACACAACCAACCCGCCUGAGACUGACGAGGAAACCGCGGAGGAUCAGAGUGCAGCUGGACUAUGACAGGGGGGAGGUGUCCUUCUUAAACCCCGCUGGCAUGUCACUCAUCUACACCUUUAAAGACACAUUCACUGGGACCCUGUUUCCAUUUUUCAGUCCAUGUUUAAUAGAAGAUGGUAGUAAUGCUGGAUCCCUGAAGAUCUGCCCAGGAAAGGUAUCUGUGAUAUUAGUGUCAUCCCAGUAAAUGUGUCUGUGACAGUGAUGCCAUCCCAGUGUCAGAGCGUCUCAGAUACUCUGUGAAGUGGGUAAGCAGGGGUGUCCUGGGACGAGGUGAAGUAUCUGUCAGCUGGUUAGGGUUGGGGUUAUACUGUAAGGAGUGGGAAAGGUAUUAAGUAAAAGUUUUUCUUAGGUUAGUUAAGCUGUAUCAGUCAGGGCUGUACUGAAUUGUUUGUAUUUACUGCGUAUUUUUUUGAACUUGCAGCUAAUUGUAUUCCCCGGACUUAUGAUUUUACAUAUGAUUUUAGCACUGGUCUUUUGGCACAGAUGCUUUGGUAUGUAAGGCAAUAACUCAAGCUCAUAAUGCAAACUCAGCAUACUUGGACUUUGGAAUUUGUAAGUAGUUAUUUUUUCUCCAAUGCUCGUUUAGACCGAAGAGCCAGUUUUUUUUUUAUAUCUUUUUUUUUAUUACUCAAUGGUUUUGUCCAGGUCUGAAACAAGGGGUUCAUUAUUUUAUUUGCUUGUUAGUUGAUAGUUGAUUUGUUAGCCAGCUAAGGUGUGUAAAACCACAAGGUAAAAUCUAGCUGAAACAUGUUAAAAGAAUCUCUUAUUUGAACAGCUUUAUUUGUCUGCUUAUCAUUUUUAUUUUUCUGGAAAAUCUAUUUUUUUAUUUUUUGUCGUAAUUUGUGUAAUAAAUAGUGAGUAAGUUUUGUUGUAUUUUUAUUAAACCAAAAGGAAAUUAAAAUAUUCAAACUCAGGGCGCUACACAAAAAUGGUGGCCCCACUGGGAUAAUUCCCAUUUUGUUAUUAUCUUUCUCAUUUCAUAUAAAUAAAUAAAUAAAUAAA